GUGGAUGUGGAGGAGGUGGACCCCCGAGGCCGAACUCCCUUGCACCUGGCCACCACCUUGGGGCAUCUGGAGUGUGCGCGAGUUCUCCUGCGGCAUGGAGCGGACGUGGCCAAAGAAAAUCGGUCCGGCUGGACAGUGUUGCAGGAGGCGGUCAGCACUCAAGAUCUGGAGCUCGUUCAACUGGCGCUACGGUAUCGGGACUACCAGAGAGCCAUCAAACGCUUGGCUGGAAUCCCCGUCCUGUUAGAAAAACUACGGAAGGCUCAAGAUUUCUACGUAGAGAUGAAGUGGGAAUUCACCAGUUGGGUUCCCUUGGUCUCCAAGAUUUGCCCCAGCGACACGUACAAGGUGUGGAAGUGUGGCCAGAACCUGCGGGUGGACACCACGUUGCUGGGCUUCGACCACAUGACGUGGCAGCGCGGGAACCACAGCUUCAUCUUCCGGGGCCAAGAUACGAGCGCGGUGUUCAUGGAGGUGGAUCACAACCGGCAGGUGGUUUACUCCGAAACGCUGGCACUGGCUGCCCACGACCAGGAGACCAUCCUGGCGGCCAUGCAGCCCACCGAGGAGCAGGUGAUGGGGCGCCUGAUGGCCCCCGUGGUCGCCACGCAUCUGGACAUGCGCAAUAUUGCCUUCGAGAGGAACAAGACGGGUAUUUUAGGCUGGAGGAGUGAAAAGACGGAGGUGGUGAACGGGUACGAAGCCAAGGUUUAUGGGGCUUCCAACGUAGAACUCAUCACCCGGACGCGGACCGAACACCUUUCCGAGCAGCACAAAGGAAAAACUAAAGGUGGCAAAACCCCACUGCAGUCGUUCCUGGGCAUCGCCGAACAACACGUGGGUCCCAACAAUGGG